GUAAGUUGAACAUCUCCUCAGUCGACAGCUGAAGUGCUGACGCUGCUGUAAUAGAAUUUAAAUAACAGGUGACCAGCACGAGUAGCAGUCAGCGAGUGGGACGGGGCGGGGCAUCAAUGGUGGGUAACUGUCACAACCCGGGUCAAAAAUUGCCAUCAGGUCAUUUUGAGAUGUUCACAGAAUCACAAAGUCAAAGCACAACUUUUGUUUUUUUGCAGUCGAGCUGAAUGUAAGUUCAUAAAAUCUACAGUGCAGAUAAACCAGGUAGGAUGCACAUAAUGUUUUCUUAACUUCACUCUGCACCACAGACUGUUUAUACAACAGCUCUGCACACAAACAAUCAUAAUAUUGUGGAAGAGUUAGAGCGCGACUCACUAAUGACGAGGAAUAAUUGUGAAGUGUGAACACAAGACAAGAGAACACAACAUUACAAACACACACUUUUACAACAGGGACCAAACUAGUUCCAAUAAACACACCAGUCAGAGUAAAUGUUCGUCUCCCCGUGCAGACGAUGAAAAUCAGCGUACACACCUAAAAGAUAAGGUGUGGUGCCUGAAGAGACGGUGGUGUGAUGCAAUGACAGGAAAAUCUCAACAAACCUGUUGAGAAUAAACCAGUGGAGAAAAAAAGACAUGUUGUUAGUGUUGGUUACACCCAGCGUUCACAUCUCCAUCUGCUGCACAUACCUGAGUCAAAACUCAGACGGGAGGAUGGUUGUGCACAAGGUGUGUGCGCUGUGGGCGGGGAGACACGUUCCCCAACAGAAAUGAACUGAAGAGAGAGUCCAGUGCUUCAAACCUGCCACAGCCCAAGUGAGACGCACACCUGAGAUCCACACAGCUUCACCAGCAACAAGAUGAGUGAAUCUGCAGAGGCUUUGGCCGCCAGUCAGACGAGCCGAAGGAACAUCACCAUCGAGAUCACCAACCUCACCAACAACUACUGCUUACUGGACCCCAGGAUUUACCUGGAAAGUGGCCACUGCCACAGCCCCCCCCAGCCCACCGUGCGCCCACUGAAAACUGAAGUGUGCAACUUCACCAAGACCAGCGCCAAAGCCUCCGGUGCAGUGGGCGUCCUGACCUACGACCUGUUUGAGCGGCGCAACAAUAAAGCCACAGAGAAAGUCGCUAUAAUGUUUUCUGUGCCCUACGACUACGGCAUGUACAAGAACUGGUUUGCAGUGGGAAUCUAUCAACAGGGCAAAGAGUGCAACGAGGGGCUGUACAAAGAGAUGUAUUACAACAAAGAACAGGGAUUCAAGCGGAUGGAGGCUGUUGGCAGCGGCGUCACGUUCGAGGGCUCAAACCUGGACAUCAAGGCGACCAUGUCCCCGAUGGGCAGAGCCAUCAUGAAGGUGGAGGUGUGGGACAAGCUCUUCUCGCCCCCGAUGGGCCAACACUACUGAGCUGGUGAUUCAGGUUUUCUCAAAGUAAUCCAGUUUGACACACCGGCGUGUCGUGUUAGAAAUGUUUAACCCUUUUGUUCCAUCUGUUCAUGCAAUAAAUCCACAGCGAGUCUGAUGACGUAA